AUGGAGCCACUUACAGCUCUGAGCCUCUUUUGCAACAUCGUGGACAUUUGCGACCAUGCCAUCAAGUCCGCCCUGGAUAGUCUCGAGGCUCGAUUGCGAAGCCUUGACAAGGGCGUCUUCGAGGUACCAGGCAUUGUCAGAAACGCCAAAGACAUAUCGGAAGAAGUGCGCACAAAGCUUUGUGCAUUGUCGAUCCUCGGUCGACUCGGAGACACCAACCAGAGGUUUUGGGAUGUGACAGAGGCCGAUUCCCACACUUUCAAUUGGAUCUUGCGAGAUGAGGGCGAGAGUAGCCUUUCAUCUCACGAUGGCGAGCAAGAGCCGAAUCGGGGAGGCGAACAGGCAGAAUCAGCAUUGGAGAAAACAGAAAACCUCGGCUAUGAGAGUACCCAGAGGGAUGUCAACGUGCAACUCAGAAAUUGGCUCCUCGACGGGAGUGGACUGUUUCACGUCUCAGGAAAACCUGGAUCCGGCAAAAGUACGCUGAUGAAGUACUUGAUUAAACACCCGAAAGUGAUAGAUUCACUUGAGCAGUGGGCCCACCCGAAACGCCUGGCACUAGGGAGAUUUUUCUUCUGGAAACCAGACCAUGGACAAAACAGCCUAGAUGCCUUGAUUCGCGGGCUUCUGUAUAGUGUGAUACACUAUGAUGCUGGCUUAGUCCAUUCGGCAUUUCCAAAGUGUAGCGGAAACUCCUUCGAGCAGCUUUCUCUCCAGUCGAGGGUGGAAAUGACGAAGGAAGAUAUUUUCGAGGCUUUCAACAACCUUGUCAAGCACGGCAACGUAUCCAAAAUGUUCAAGUUCUGUUUCUUCAUCGAUGGCCUUGACGAGCUUGACGAAGAAAAGGAUACGACUCAUUCGAAAAUGAUCACGAUUCUACGCCAAUGGGCAGAUGGGGCAAAUGGUUCCAUCAAGAUAUGCGUGUCAAGCAGACACUUUCCGGUGUUCGAGAACAUGGUUGCUGAUCAUCGUAUUCGACUCCAGGAUCUCACCAAGUACGACAUUAUCGACUUUGUCCAGAAUUCGCUGCGGUCUGACCAUGUUUUCCGAACAGAGAUGACAGUCAAUACCCAAGACUGCCAGAAGCUUAUUAAUAGUAUUGUGGAACGCGCCGAUGGCGUGUUUCUCUGGGUCGGUCUCGUUGUGAAAGCAGUUGAAAGGGGGCUCUCAAACGACGACCCAAUAUCCGUGUUGCAUGAACGUGUGAAGAGCACUCCUCUGAGACUUGAGGAGCUUUUCAGAUCACUUCUUGACUCCAUUGAGGAUUGCCAUGCACAAAUGGCCGUCCUGCUUCUAGCAAUCGCUCUGGUGCGACUCGCAGACUCUGGCGACAGCCUUGUUAUUUCCCUUUCCGGGUGCCGACAAUUCUUCCGGGCAAUGGAAACAUCCAAACCAGUCAGUAUUGACGAUACUUUCGAUUUCGACAACUCUCCAGAGACUUUCGAACUUACGCCACAAAUGGUCAAGAGCACGAAAUCAAAAUUGCUCUUCCGGUGCAAGGGAUUGUUGGAGAUCGUCCCAUGCCGGCUGGGAGACCUCUCUGACAUGGAUAAGUACGUCGGCGGCCGCGUCACAUUUCUUCACCGUUCUAUUUCCGAAUUCUUGAAAAUUUGGAUCCCUGAGCAUAUGAAUGCACUGGGUAUCAGUUCCUUGCAGGUGAAAAAUGCCACGUGCUGGAUGUUAUGGGCGGAAGUCGACUUUCUCAAUUCUACGAUCCAACUACAGAAUUUCCCAGCGAAGGACCAGCUUUCGGCGCGAUUUCGCAUCCGCGUGAUGACAUGCGCUAUAAUGGCCAACUUGGGAACGGACACGACCUUCACGCCCGAGCUUUCAUCAGAAUUUAAGCUUCUGGGCCGCGCAGACGACGCUUUGCUAAUGCCUGCUGUGUCGUGUUCCUCAGAAGAUCAAACAAAGAAGAACGGAAAAGGGGCUGGCUGCACAUGGAACACCAUGAGCAUUGAUGCAACUGAGACUGAUUCCACGAUUUCACUUCCCAUUUGCCCAUCAUAUGCAGGACCGCUGCUCGCCGCUGCAGAAACCCGUUGCUAUGGAUAUGUUCGCUGGAAAAUGGCGAAAACACCGCCAUCAGCUGAACGAACUGAUUACUUUCAGCAUUGCCUUGAAAUCGCCUUUCACCCGUUGGCCCCUUUCGCACCAUACAUCAGCGGGUGGGUUGAGUACUGCAUGCGAAUGGUUGAGCCACUGAUCCAGACCUCGAGUGCAGAUAUCAAUGGCACGUUAGGGGGUUGCUGUGGCAUGCUUUCGUGGUCUAUCAAAGAGGCUGGCGCGCCGAUGUCUGUUUUUGACACGAUUUGGAUCAUAGCGCUGUCACACCCCAGCUUUAUAGACGCCCCUUUCCAGCAGGAAUUCUUUCACUUGAUCGAGUCCUUACUGGGGCUUGGAGCUAUGCCCCAGUCCGUUUUGUGCCUCGGCACAUGGAGGGACUGGUUCACGGUUUCACCAGCCCCACUCGAUGGCCCUAUUGAUAUUCAGUCUGACAGCACCCUACAGAUCCCUGGGUCUGGCCUCCGCAACUGGUCAGGGGAGCUUUCUCUCGAGCACUUGCAAAUGACCUGUGGGCAGGACGAUGGCUUUAUCACCCUUGAAAUGUUGGUGGCUCACGCCAAGCCCCCGAACAUGGCGGCCAUUCUGUCGCUCAUUGAGCGCAAUUCACACAAUGAAGACGUCAAGUCUGUGGGUGCAAGAGACCUCACCUCCACGGAACGCCUCCACGCCGCUGUAUUGGAGAAACAUGGUGUACGAGGGAAUUGCAAGCUUGUUUGGUUCGAGAAUUUGAAAGGCCGGAAUGGAGAUCGCCCAGUGUGA